AUGCCGGAUAUCUUCGCCCAGGCGUCUUCGAUCUAUAUCUGGCAUAGCCCAGCCAGUAACAACAGUCAUCAUUUCAUAGACAUGGCUGAACGAAUAGACUCCAAUGCUUUUAGGCUAAACAACAUGUCCUCAGACAGCAGAGUUGUCAGGCCCCCCGGGGAUGCAGGAGACGACAACGCCCUUCAACUACUAGCUGAGCUAUUGACAGACACUUCGUUCCACUCGUCUACGCUACUGAAGGCGAUUUGA